UAUAAAGCUCCUCCUCCUGCGCUGAGCCACGUCAUAACAAACAAACAUGGCGACCCCCGGCACCUGCACACAUUUUCUCGCUGUGUUUGCGCUUAUUUCUGCGCUUUUAAUUGGGUUUUAUGGCGCCGGUUCGGGUGUAACAUGGCCGGUUGUGUUUCUGACGGCUGUUACCGGGCUGGGGUUGCUGUGGCUGCGGCGGAGGGACGGCAGGACUGAGCGGCGUGUGUGUGUUCUGGUGCUGGGGGAUUUGGGUCGCAGCCCCCGGAUGCAGUAUCACGCUCUGUCCCUCAGCAAACACGGGUAUAAUGUUACUUUUGUCGGGUUUUUAGAUACCAAACCUCAUCAAGAAGUGUUGAGAGAGGAAAAGAUAAAGCUGGUGCCAGUAGCAGAGGUUAAAGGAGUACGCGUGGGACCAAAAAUCCUGACAUAUGUGACGAAGGUGAUCCUCCAGUGUCUGCAGCUGCUUUACGUGCUGCUGAGGAUGGAAACACAGUCUCAUAUAUUAAUGCAGAAUCCCCCGGGGCUGCCUGGCAUCGCGGUGGCGUGUCUCGUGUGCGUCCUGCGUGGCAGCAGGUUCGUCAUCGACUGGCACAACUACGGCUACACCAUCAUGGCUCUGAGCCACGGGGGGACACACCCUGUGGUGAGGCUCGCAAAGUGGUACGAGCACUUUUUCGGCCCGCUGGCCUCUCGUAACCUGUGUGUCACCAAUGCAAUGAAGGAUGACCUGCAGAAAAACUGGGGCAUCAAGGCGACCACUCUGUACGACUGUCCGCCCUCCAUCUUCAGAGAGACUCCUCUGAAGCUGCAGCACAGGCUCUUCAUGAGACUCGCCAACAAGUAUCCUCAGUUCCAGAGCAGAGGGUGUGAGGAUGAUAAGCAGGUGGAGCGGUCGGUGUUCUCAGAGUGUGAUCUCUGUGAGGAGGCGGUGACGCUGAGGGCGGAGCGGCCGGCGCUGCUGCUGAGCAGCACCAGCUGGACCGAGGACGAAGACUUCUCUGUCCUACUGAAGGCUCUUGAAGAUUAUGAAGGUUUUAUAAAAGCAGGAGCUUCGUUGCCAUCUUUAGUCUGUGUGAUCACAGGUAACUCUUUGCCCUGCACAGUUACACCAAAGCUCUAAUUUCAAAAGGUUUUAUUUGUGUGUGUGUGUGUGUGUGUGUGUG